UUUUAGUGUCUUUCAAUGGCUACUUUGAAGGUACUAAUGUUUCCAUGGUUAGCUUAUGGACACAUUUCGCCAUUUCUAAACGUAGCCAAGAAACUCGCGGACAGGGGAUUCUUGAUUUACCUCUGUUCUACACCGAUAAAUCUCAAAUCCACCAUCGAGAAAAUCCCUGAAAAGUAUGCUGAUUCGAUUCACCUUAUCGAACUUCACUUACCAGAAUUACCCGAACUUCCUCCUCAUUACCAUACGACGAAUGGUCUCCCUCUCCAUCUAAAUCACACCCUUCAUAAGGCCCUGGAAAUGUCCAAACCAAACUUCGCGAAAAUCUUGCAAAAUCUGAAACCUGAUUUGGUGAUUUAUGACAUGUUGCAGCAAUGGGCUGAACACGUCGCGAGUGAACAGAACAUUCCUGCUGUCAAGCUCAUAACUUUUGGUGCAGCCGUGUUUUCGUAUCUUUUUUACUUGGUAAAGAAACCAGAGGCUGUAUUCCCAUUCCCCGCGAUAAAUCUCAGCAAAAAUGAACAAGAAAAAAUGUAUGCUAAUGAUUUCGAGGAUCGUUUAGUGGAUGGAAAUAUUCAAAUCAUGUUGAUAAGUACCUCUAGAACUAUAGAGGCCAAAUAUAUUGAUCAUUGCACUGAAUUGAUCAAUUGGAAGGUUGUUCCUGUUGGUCCACCAGUUCAAGAUCCAAUCACUAACAACGCGGACCACAUGGAGCUUAUAGAAUGGCUAGGAACAAAAGAUGUGAAUUCAACCGUUUUCGUCUCCUUUGGGAGUGAGUAUUUCUUGUCAAAAGAAGAAAUGGGAGAAGUAGCUCUCGGGUUGGAGUUAAGUAAUGUUAAUUUCAUAUGGGUUGCAAGAUUUCCGAAAGGGGAAGACCAAAAUCUCGAAGAUGCAUUGCCAAAGGGUUUUCUUGAAAGAAUUGGAGAAAGGGGAAGAGUUUUGGACAAAUUUGCACCACAACCAAGAAUUCUAAAUCAUCCGAGUACUGGAGGAUUUAUAAGUCAUUGUGGUUGGAAUUCAGUAAUGGAAAGUGUAGAUUUUGGGGUUCCUAUAAUAGCUAUGCCUAUGCAAUAUGAUCAACCAUCGAAUGCUAGGUUGAUCGUAGAAUUGGGAGUUGCCGUGGAGAUUGUUAGAGAUGAUGAUGGGAAAAUUCACAGAGGAGAAAUCGCGGAAACUCUUAAAGAUGUCAUCAUAGGGAAAAAAGGGAAAAUUUUGAGGGGCAAAGUUAGAGAUCUCAGCAAGAAAUUGAAAUCUAUAAGAGGUGAUGAGAUGGACACUGCUGCUGAAGUGCUGAUUCAACUUUGUAAGAAGAGUAAUGGGUGCAAAUAGUGUGCUCAUUUGGGGACUUUAUGGAUUAGUUGUUUGUUAAUGUUAUUUUCUUUGUCUAUUUGGUUUGAGGUGUGUGUG